UUGAUACUUGGAAAAUGGGAAAAUUGAGAUUAUGGGGAAUUUUCAGGGAAUUACCGAAAACUAUGAGUGAAGAGUACGUGACACGUCAAAUGCGAUUGUUAUUAGAACUCACUGAUCCGGGGAUUUUCAAGGGUAAUUUGAAGUCGAAUCUCAGUAAUCUACAGGGAAUUUUCGAUGAUAAUGGAUAUUCUAUUGAAGAUGUCGUGAGAUCGGUGUCGCAAAAUUGUUCGGAAUUACUUCUCAGCUGCAAGUGGAAGGGAAGUUCCACCCCCUGUGGGGAAUUGUUCGAGGAAACCAUCUCCAGGGAGGGACUCUGCUGCAGCUUCAAUUACGUCAGGACCAGGGAAGAGAAGAAAAACAAAUCCCCGAAGAGAAUUACUGCCUGUGGAUAUCAAACUGGUCUCACUGCUCUCAUAAAUCCUCGGCCUGAGGAUUAUUUCUCUUCAAUUCUAGGCGCCUACGGGGCGAAGGUUUACCUGCAUUUUCCCUACGACUACCCGGAUUGGAACGCCGAGACGAAGGUGAUAGCCUCUGGGUAUCAGGUGUUCCUGAGUAUUUCCCCGGAGGAGACGCAUUCGACUUACGACGUGAGGCAGCUGACACUCAGAAACAGAAAGUGCAUUUUCAGCGACGAAGGAGAUCGCAUGAAUGAUAUGAAAAAAGGUUCAUCGAAUCUCACUUACGCCGAGUACUCGUACACCAAUUGUGUCACCGAAUGUCGGGCAACAAUCGUAAAAGAAUUGUGCGGAUGUAUUCCAUAUUAUUAUCCGCAAAACGAGACGAGAGUUUGUAAUUUGAGAGACGUGCAAUGCCAACAGUAUAAUAGAGGACGGUACAGAACGUCAUUUCCUGGUGCACAGCUGUCAAAUACUAUCCUGACAUCAUCCCCUUUACUGAAUGACGCGAGUCGACCCUGUGGCUGUCAACCCGACUGCCAAUUGUAUCGGUAUCCAGUGGAGGAAUCCACUGGACUUCUCGAUAAUUCUAAUUUCUUCAACCAGAAGGAACUCUUCCGGGACAUGGAUAUCAAGAACCAGAGUCUCGUGCACAUCUUCUUCAGCGACUUAGUGUCGAUCCAGUAUCGAAGAAAUGUAGCGUACGAUUGGCGGAAUUUAUUCGCUUCAUUCGGCGGACUUCUGGGACUCUUCGCUGGCUUCAGUCUGAUGUCUGGCUUCGAAGUCAUUUAUUUUUUCAUCGUGCGUUUAAUCACCGACACGUACAUGCGUCACAAGCGAGGAUUUUCUCAUUAGAUCGAGUGAGGCGAUGUCCCGGGGAAAACCGAGUGAACUCUGACCGUUAAGCCUUGGAAAAUGUAAAAAAACAUUUUUGUAAAAUAUUUUAUCGACAAGUAAAACAAACAAAUGAAAACCGUCUAUUACGUAAAAAUAAUAUGUUAAUAAAAAUACAGAAGUUGUCAAUAAUUUCUAAAAACUGCAGUGAUAAUAAAGUAUACAAACAUAUUCGCAUUUGUGAUAAAAUUGCAGUUCAUAACAUUUGCGACGAUAAGAUUCAUUCGCAUUGCGUUUAUUUUCCGCGAAAACUCCGCGCUGCCCCCGAUAAUCACUGGACUUACAUAAAAGAUAUUCUUGAAGCUGAUUGUCCCAGUUGACCAUGAAGUCCCGUGUCGAUUUUCUCAUCUGUGGUCUGUACAUCUCGGCUGCAAUUGCAGCCCCUCCAGAAUCA